AUUUUUGAUGUUGUUACCGGGAAAGUUAUCGCAAGACUUGAAGGUCACACCGAAGAAAUAUUAUGUGUAAAAACUGUCAUAUACAAGGGCGCACCAUAUUUUUUAACGACAAGUCAAGACGGAUAUAUCAUAAAGUGGAAAAUGCGUGAGGAUUGGACUACACUCAUUAGUAAACAACCAAUGGUGGAUGGCUUAACAUGCAUGGCGUUUACUGUUUCAUUUGUUCCAAACACUGCCAAUAGGUAUUUUAUGGCAGCUACCGACGAACACGUUCGAUUAUACGAUUUUGAUGCAGCACAGCUUAUGCAAACCUUUUCGGGAAACAUGUAUUCACAAUACUGUGAUUGUGGUAAAUUCAUUUAUCCUAUCGAACCAUUAGAAGAUGAAGAUAUUAAUAACGAUAGUGUAGAGGAAUGCAAUAGUAAAUCUAAAAAAAAACAAGUGAGCCAAAAAUUCGCAUAUUUUAUUACCCGUGGUGUAGAAAUUUUAGAUGCAGAAGGUGGAAAAAUAGGUGAUGCGUCACGUGCAAAUGUGUGCAUUCUGCAUAAAUUGAUAUAUCCUUCUAAAAAAGGACAACCAUUUGAACUUAAAGAAGUGCGAAGGUUUGGACAUAAAGAUUAUCAUUCCAACUCAUGGCUUAUAAAAAUUUCAUCAAAUGGUCGCUAUCUCGUGGCUCCAACAAUGACUGGACAUGUCUUUAUAUUCAGCUUAAGGACUGGGAAGGUUACAGCCAUAUUAAGAGAUCAUGAAGAAGUUAGAGACGUAAUAUUUCAUCCAUGGAAACCUCUGUUAUUCACUAGUGCUGAUGGUGAGUUCAAAAAACGUGCUUCAUAA